AUGUCGUCACUGCGAACCCACGCGACGACUCCUCCGCACGCCAUGGACCGUGCCCGCACUCGGCACCGUCGAAGGGACCGCCGGGUUGCGGUCCGACGGAACGAACCCCGACGCGACACCGUUGCGGAUCACCACGACCCGUACAGUCCUCCGUACCGACGAUGUUCCGACGCGACCCAUUCGUCACCAUUGCCACGACAAUUACCGCGUCGGCGAGACGAAUCGUGGUCGAGGGGGGCGUCUGCCACCAGUCCACGACGGGCUCUGGAACGACCUCGCUACCAACGCGGCGGGGACGGGGACUCCCGGUGGACGGUGUCGGCUCGUGCCGCCUCGUCGUCGUCGUCGUCGGGUCGGCCCUGGUCUCCUCCGCGACACCACCGGAAUGCCUCACCGGAAUCCUUCCGGCGAUGCGCACCGGAACGACACGCGGACGUGGUGUCGUCCCCCACGAAGCGAAUCCCGGAGGAGUUGUUGCGUAUACCAGAGUACCGACGAGAAUAUCAUGGGCGUCGUCGGUAUCACCAGCAACCACACGCCGUGGCCGGUGUCGGUGCUCCGACGGCAGAGCCGUCCGCACGGGCACGUCCCGUGCCGGGCUCCAUUCCCUCGCCAACACCGCCGCCUCUCUCGAAUACCAAUAUCGGUACGAUUAAUACUACGACGACGAAUACCAAAACCAAUACGAAAGCCGGUAUCGGUGGUGCUCAAACUGGCACCGGUACCGACUCGGAGACGACCCGGACCCACCACAGUCACGGUGCCACGAACACGGCCACGGCCAGUAUCACGGCCGCGACACCGGAUUUGACGGAAGCUUCCUUGACGAGUCUGGAAUCCAACAUUAUGACGACGAGUGUAAUGACGACUUUUCCCAACCACGACACCACCGUCUCCACGACGUUGCCGUCCCACCGGACGCCAACAACGGUCGAUCGGGUCCCCAAGGAAGUCCGCGCGUCCUCCGCCGUCAUUCUCCACGACAGUGACGACACGGAAUCUCUCGCGGGAGAGCCGCGACCGAAUCGGAACAAAAAGACGGGCAACACCAAAGAUCCGACGACCCGCGAGGCCGUGCACGUGGGCGCCCGCAUUGAAGUCGUUCCGUCCGGAAAUGGCGCUGGCGGCCGGGCGACCGUCAUCCAGCAACGCGUCUCUUCUUCCGAUUCCAGUUGCUACCUCCGUUACGAUAAUGGGAACCGGGAAUGGAUUCGGCUCGAGUCGCGUCGCUGGCGAUUGCUGGCGGACGACGGUAAUUCUCGCCGUGAUCACCACAGUGACCGCCCACCGUCACUCGAUGCCCAUACUUUUCUCGUGAAAACUGCCCUUGUGGCACAAAAGCAACCGCAGCUUUCCGGUACGGAGAACGAUCGGCUGUCGGAGAACGAAGAGGAAAAACCAUCACGGGUUGACCAUUGCACCGCGCCAACGUGCCGUUCGGCAAAGGGAUCGACCAGGAUUACCCCUGCAAUAGGGAAUGCCGACCCGUCUGCCUCCCGUACGGUAGACGAAUUGGAGACGACCGCCGUUAGGUCCCACGUCGACCCGGCUUGUCUCGAGUCUAAUGAGCGAGACGUGAAUUCGAAAACGUCCACGUCGUCUCGCUUACUUGAAGCACAGCGACACGCCGAUCUGGAUCCAUUCACGACGCACCAACGCCAAUCCGAGACUACGGUAACGGAGUUUGAUUUGGGGAAUCUAGCAGACGAGAAUUGGGUGGCUGCAGGGGCGAUUCCUCGUGAUAGGGACGACGAUUCCGAUUCAGACGAGGAAGAAAUAAUGGAGUGGGCCUCGCGCAUGUUUGGUGUUGCUCGACCCCAGCCUACACUCGAUCCUUCACCUGCCGCUGCGGAAACAGAUGAGAAAGUAUUUGAUUGGUCCGCUUGGGGAGACGUCCAUAUACCCAUCUCGGAAAAAGUCAAGUUGGGCCGACGCCGUAAAUACCAAGAAGUGGUGGACAGCGAGGGGGCAUCCCGGAGGCGGGCAAAAAAGUUGAAACGUGCACGCCGCAAGGAAACGCGUCGGAUGCAAAUGGAGGCGCAAGACGCCCGGAUCAGGGCCGAAGAUGAGGAUCGUCGACGGAAAAAGGAAGAAGCACGGCCUUUGACGACCGCAGAGAUUCAAAAGAUCCUGGGGGAAGAUGACUGUUGCGACGAAUCGUCCAAUUGGGUACGGCGGUCGGCUCGCCAGCCAUCCAAGGCUGCCAUUAAUUCACCAUUGAUGAAGGCGCUGGUAGAAAAACUCCGCAACAAUGAUUCAGACAUGGUUGUGCUCAAAAUGAAAAAGUACGUGAAUGAUCCGAAUGCGCCACAAGUCGUCAUCGAUGCGGCCUUGGAUGCGUUGGAGGAAAACACGAACUGUGAAGCGCUUUACAUUCAGAAUUUCAAUGAAGGGAUGCGGGAUGAGCAAGUGCUUCGUUUAAUCAAGAUUUUGCAGCGACCAUCCUGCAAAAUUUGGAAUCUCAAUAUCGGAGAAACCUACAAGGUUCGAGCCAAGACGUGGAGACAGUUUGCACAGGGACUAAGGGAUACCAAGGUGACUCACAUGUACGCGUCAGAGCAUACCAUUUCGACGGAGCUCAAGGACGAAAUUAGAUCCACGAUUCGGGACAACCGAUCCAAGCACAGCAUGCAUUGUGAUCCAGAAAAUUUGAAUACCAUAAUUCGCUGCACCCACUGUUGGUGGAACCCAAUCAAUACUAAAUCUCUACGCCCGUACAUUAAAAAGCGGGGCUACGAAUUUAUGCUACAAAACAAGGAGGCUCAAGGGUUGAAGGGAACAAUGAACGGGGCAGAUCUAAAGUGAGCAAGUGAGUCACCAGUCUGCAGGUAUAUGUAUAAGAACACAAACUUCUGUGUAGUGUACUAUGCGUCCAUAAAAAUAAGGAAAUUUUUAAAGGGG